UCUAACCAAUUCAUUUAAACGAGCAUAUAACCCAGCUAGAAGAUGAAGACGACACUGCUGAUAGCCCUAACAAUCUUCCACCAGCUUUCAUCAUCAACAGCCACCAAGGACCCAUCGAUCAUCAUCGUCGGCGCCGGAGUAUCCGGCCUAACAGCCGGGAAAAUCCUCAUCGACCACGGUUUCCACAACCUCACCAUCCUGGAGGCGGAGAACCGCAUCGGCGGUAGAAUCCACUCAGUUUUCUUCGGCGACGCCUUCAUAGACUUGGGCGCCUCGUUUUGCCACGGCCAAAAGAACAACAUCGUCUACAACACCGUCGAGAAAUUGGACCUCCUGGUGCACUCCAAGAAUUCCACCGCCCUCUACAGCUCCUCCGGCGACGCAGUCGACCCGGCAUUCGUCGAUGAAUUCUUCAAUAUAACCUCAUCGCUUUUAACCGAAAGCGGCGACCUGCCGACGCCCGACAACGAGAACAUCUCCUACGGAGAGUACUACACGAAAUAUUACACUGAAAUUAUAAACGAGAGGUUCGGCAAGGACCCGGCGAAGCUGAAGCUCGCCCAAGAAGGCCUGGAUCUCUUGGAGAAAUGGGCCGAAGGCUCCGACGGGUUUCCAUCGUGGUUCGACGGCCCGGCCGCCACCGAUUACCAGUGGAACGAAGGCGACGAGUACAUGGAGUGGAAGGGCACCGGCUACCAGACCUUCAUCUACGUGCUGCUGCGAAAAUUCCCCGAUUUGCAGCGCGUCACCGCCGUGGAGCGCGGCGUGGUCUUCGACAAAGAGGUCGCCAAAAUCGCCUACGACGCCUCCAGAGAGCGGGGCGGUGUAACCGUCACCUGCUCCGACGGGAGCGUUUACGAAGCGGAUCAUGUAAUAGUUACCCCUUCUUUGGGUGUCAUUAAGGAGAACCUGGACGAAAUGUUCGAGCCUCAGUUACCUUUAGCUAAAAGAACUGCCAUCGAUAGCAUAGGAUUCGGAGCGAUCAUGUCUUUGGCUACUCACUAUACCGGUAAAUGGUGGGGCGAUGACUUCGCUGGUGUCAGCUUGUUGUGGACGAAGGAGGACUUGGAGAAUUCCGCUAAAGAGUUCCCACUAGGACCACACCAUAAUAACCGAUCUUGGGUGACCUACACGGCUGAGAUAAUGCCCUGUACUAGGAACCCCAACGUCUUGAGGUUUUGGUUCAACGGGGUUCUCGUACCAGAAAUCGAACUGCUCUCCGACGAGGUGCUCGUUGACGGUGUGGAUUUUAUCACUAGAAAAUUCCUAGGAAAAGACUACAACGUGACCAAACCCGACAAAAUGAUCCAUUCCAGGUGGGUGGCUAAUCCUCAUUUUAAAGGAACUUAUUCGUACCAAAAAAUUGCGGCUGUGCGUAGGGGAAACGGUACUAAUGCUGAAGAAGAACUGGCCAAACCGAUAAAAACCGAAUCAGGAAGACCUUUUGUCCAUUUCGCUGGAGAAGCCACCCAUCCUAGGUACUACUCCAACGUACAAGGGGCUACAGAAACCGGCAUAAGAGAAGCACUAUCUAUAAUAAAUUACUACUCGAAGCAUUAAUAUAUUUCUCUCAAUAAGUAUGUACUUUUUGAAAAUAAAGUGGU